CUUUUUAACUCCCCAGUGGUUAGGAUAGAAAGAAUCGGGGAACAUUGCACCGUGCAAUAUUUUUGGUGAUAUUGUUUUAGACUCUUUUACAAAUCUGUCAUCUUCAGUACAGCGGAAAAAUGUUUUAGAAAAAUUUUUUAUUAGUACAUAUUUGCAGUGCACAGUGGUUACCCUUGUCCCGGGGAGUUGGCACAUGUACCUAACACAGCUUAAAAAGACAGUUGUUUUUACGUCCCUUUUUCUCUCUCCCCUUUCCCGUUUAAAAUCUUUAUAAGAACUAUUGACAAAAUAGAAGCCUGCGUUUUAUUUUCUUUCUCCUUUGCUUAAAAUCUUGUAAUGCUUUAUUGUGGAGAAAAUUUGAGUGACCUACUGAGUCUUUUUUCUCUCUCUCUUUCCUUUUUUGUUCUGCUGUAACUUACAUUACCAAAGUCAUUUAAUUAGUAAAGUUUUUUUCUCAAAGUCAGAAGUCAGUUUUUAGGGGAGAACAAAUGUGCUGUACUUUACUGUAGUGUUUUAAAAAUGUAUUAGGCAGUUAUUUUACAAAAUAGCGAAUGCGAUAGAAACAUAAGGAGAGCAGUAGUUCCUUAGCCAGCCUCCCAGUACCCCUAGACUUAUUUCUCCGUGGGAAUAUUUUUCACUGGUUCAGUGGUUCCUUUGAGGUUUUUCCUGUCAUCUCAAGGCAGUGUUCUGUUGUGUCUAUCCCCAUUUGUCGGUUGGAACAAGUAUACUUCCUGAGUUAAAAGCUGUAGGGAGCAGAUGGGUGUGGCGUGAGGUUCGCACAGCAGUGUCACUGUGAGGGUUUGCUAGGGGUCAGCAGUAGUGACUCCAACCCUGAGAGCUGUUUCUGUGUGUCAUUUGAAAGGUAACCGCAACUUAGUGGUUUUGACCCUUUUUUGAAUAAAGGCAAGUAUUCACAGAAAGGGAUGGCCUAUUGCCAUGUAGGUUAAAAAACAAAGUACAGAGAUACAUGCAAGAAGAAAGAACAAACGACCUAAGGACCCUAUAAUGGAGGAGGAAAAUUUUAUGGGGAUGUGAAGAUUGGAAGAAGAGUCAUGUCAGAAGAAGCAGUGAGCGAAUCACAGUUUUCCUUGAAGGCAGCGGCACUCAAAGUGUUUGAUCUUCCUCUGUCUUGGUACUAUUCUCUCUCUCAGAUUAAAUUUUCGCCAGUAGCUAAAAAGUUAUUUGUGGUAACUGCAGUGAGUGCUAUAUCUGUGAUUUUUCUGGCCCGUCACUUUAAAAGAAGACGUGGGAAGAAGAAAGGAAAAAUAUUACCAUGGGAACCAGAGCACCUCCUGCUUGAAUAUGCUAGACGAGCAGCCUCAGAUAAAGGUUCAAGUUGUUCCAGCAGUAGACAGAAUUUGACACUGUCUUUAAGUUCCACCAAAGACAAAGGAUCUCAGUCUUGUAACUAUGCCAAUGGAGGACUUUUCAGUAAAUACUCAGGUUCUGCACAGAGUUUGGGCUCUGUGCAGAGUGUCAAUUCUUGUCACAGCUGUGCUUGUGGCAAUUCUAACUCCUGGGACAAAGCGGAUGAAGAUGAUGUUAAACUUGUUAAUAUUCCUGUGACCACUCCUGAGAACUUGUACUUAAUGGGUAUGGAACUGUUCGAAGAGGCCCUGCGCCGAUGGGAGCAAGCGCUCACCUUCCGCAGCAGACAGGCUGAGGACGACGCCUGCGGCUCCAUUAAGCUGGGUGCAGGAGAUGCCAUUGCUGAGGAGAGCGUAGAUGACAUUAUCAGUACUGAAUUCAUCCAUAAACUUGAAGCUCUCCUGCAAAGAGCAUAUCGUCUUCAGGAGGAGUUUAAAGCCACCCUGGGAGGAUCUGGUCCUGAUUCCCUUGCCAAUGACACUGAUAAGGAUACGGAUAUCACAGUGAAGGGAAAUGCAGACGACAUUGGCCGCCGGGACACCUUGAGCAUUGCAUCCACCGACUCCUUCGCUUCAGCCGCAGAGCUCGCAGAGCACAGAGAAGCACAGCAGACCUACAGCCUGGAGUCUUUUUGCCACUGCCCCUUUUAUGAAGAAGCCAUGCAUUUAGUUGAAGAAGGAAAAAUUCACUCGAGAGUCCUGAGGACUGAGGUGCUGGAAUGCCUCGGGGACAGCGACUUCCUCGCCAAGCUGCACUGCGUUCGGCAGGCUUUUCAGGUAAUUUUUUCAGAAACAUCCAACAGGAUAUUCUUGGCUGAGAGUGGAAGGAAAAUUUUAUCGGCUUUAAUUGUCAAAGCACAAAAGAAUCCAAAGAAGUUUGAAGACGUUUUUGAUGAAAUGAUAUAUUUUUUAGAGCAGACUGAUCACUGGGAUAGUACUGAAAUGGAACUUGCUGCUAUAGGGGUGAAGAAUCUAAAUUUUUAUGAUGUUGUUCUGGACUUUAUAUUAAUGGAUUCCUUUGAAGAUUUAGAAAACCCACCUGUGUCCAUACAGGACGUAGUAAAUAAUCGCUGGAUAAAGUCUUCCUUCAAGAAAACUGCUGUGGCUUCAAGUUGUUGGUCCGUGCUGAAACAGAAAAGGCAGCAGGUGAAGAUCCCAGAUGGGUUCUUUGCCCAUUUUUAUGCGAUUUGUGAGCAUAUAAGCCCUGUCCUGGCCUGGGGCUUUUUGGGUCCUAGAAAUUCCCUCUAUGACUUAUGUUGUUUCUUUAAGAACCAGGUCCUGUUCUUCCUUAGAGACAUCUUCGACUUCGAGAAGGUGCGCUACUCCAGCGUCGAGGCGCUGGCCGAGGACCUGCUGCAGCUGCUGCUGCGCCGCACCGAGCUGCUCCUGGCCCACCUGGGCGCCGACGCGCUGCGCCACGCCAGCGGCUGCAUGGGCGGCCACGGCCACCUGGUGUCCGCGGGGCUGGUGGAGGCCAAAGCACAGUGAGAACCGCGACGCUCAGGGUGGGGGCGGGACAGUAUCUGAAGGUAACCUGACUUGCAGCAAGCGUUACAGGAUAACAGGGUCGGUGCGGCUGGACUCAGGGAAGCGGAAAAGGUCGAGUGCGGAGGAGCGACUAACCCACUGGUAAACGGAACUCCCGUCGCUGAGUCUGGGUCGUGUAUCCGGGACUUCCCAUCACCUUCCCGGAGUCAUUUAAGUCGGGAAAUGUGUGUAUUAACAGGAGUAGUGAGUGCUUGAGCGAGGCCAGCGCUCGGCGUUAGUUGAUGUGUCCUCUCAGGCUGGCUGUUCCGUGUGACUCUCAGAAGCUGUGUCUGUGCUGUGCACCUUGAAAACACAUGCUGUGGCCGCUGCUGCCACGACCACACCUGCGGGAGGAGGCGACCCCGCGUGCGCGCACGUAAACUGCCCGAAAGCGCAGUUCCCUGGAACCUUGCGCAUUGUCUAACUAGAUUUAGGCAGCUGUGAUGUAUCCUAUGUACUGCUUAGCUAUUGUUUGUGCACUUACGUAUUUUUAUCAAGGAAAUUGUAACACUGAGUAUCGUUGUGAACCAUUUAAAUGAACUGACACCCAGAAGUUUACAGUUUACAACUUUAUGUUAGAUUAACCGUAGUUUUCAAACUCUUACUUCUUGGUCUUAGAAGCUACACUGGAGAGACCCAAGUGCUUGAUCUUUUCAUAUAAUCUUUUCUCUUGAAUGAAUAUUGAUUUAAAAUAGAAUAUUUGUUUAUUAAGAAAGGCAAUUAAAAUUUUACCCUUUUUGAAUGAAUUUUGAGACUGACUCCCAACAGCUGAAGAUACUAAACUUAGAGAUAUUAAGCUAAUUUCUCCUUUCUCCUGCCGCAGCACGGCCCUGGAGCUGACCACAGAGUUCCGCCCACUGGAGUUUGUCAGAUUAUGCCCAUAUUUUAAAAAUAUUCAUACUUUGGAUCAUGGAGAGGUUUUAGGGAAGGCUCUUUUUUCUCCUCUGAUAUAGAAUACAGUAUUUUUAAUGGUACGAAAGUAUAUUUUGUGUCUUUAUGAUAAAAAUAUGAGCAAAUGGGUUGUUCUUGUGAGACUACUCUUCAGGGUAUAUUAGCUACUCGGGAGCUGCAUUAAUUCUGCUUCUAAAUUAUGAUCCCACUCUGAGCGGCUCAGCCAAGUGAUGGAGGAGAUUGUCGAUUUUGCUCCUAAAGUGGGCUUUAUUCAUUUUAGAAGUGAGUGACACAGAAGGGUCUAGAAAGCAUUUUUUAAAAAUGUAUUUUUAGAUUAAAGUGCCUAGUUUCUGACUAAUGAACGGAGUAGAAAAAGUGGAGAAAGGUUUACUUUCUAAGAUUUUAAGUUUAUGCGUGUGCCACCGUUAGUAAAGUGACUGCAAGGUAUAGCAUUGAGAAUCAUGCAGUUUCGAAUGUACUGUAUAGAUUAGAAAUUACACUAUGAAGUGCUAUUCUAGUUGUUUUGGAAUGUGUAGCUCCUCGACAUUUUCUUAUUGUUUGUUUUGCUUUUGUUUUAUUUGAGACAGGGUCUUGCUUGGUAGUUCAGGCUGGCUUUGAGCUC